UUGUAAACGCAACACCGCCCGCCUCUCGCUGGCACCCCCAAACGCAGGCGAUGAUUGGGCAGCGCAAAUGUAUCAACUCCCCUCGUCCACCGAGCACCGGUUGAGCACAUUCUGUCACCUGCGUUACCGUUAAAUGGAGGAACGUCCCUGUGAAGGGGCACCGGGAGUAUAUAUCAGUCAUGGAGCAGAGAACGGCCCGGAUCGACCGAACAAAUCGGUAAACAAUGAUCAGAACCACUGUCAGUUCCAGAACGAGAAAACGCAGACGAAGAAAACAGAAAAUGGCAAACUAAAUGGAACUCUGAAGGAGGGAGAGGUGACUCCCACAUCCUUUAACCCAGACAGCUCCCUGCACCCUGCGAACGGCAAUGGCGAUAGACACGUGCUAGAAAUCAACUUGAAACCGAAGCCCACUCGUCGGGCCUUCACCACUGAAACAACAGGGGACAGAAAAGGUAGAAACACUAGCAGAAACAGUAUGGACUUCAAGUCCUCAGAGCUGAACACAGUUGAGGGCAAAAAAGAGAUUUUGGCUUCGUUGAAUGGUGUAGUGUCCCUCACCAGCUCUGUACUGCUUACCAACGGUUACCCCAGCAAACCUGGAGCCGACAAUGAUGGCAGUGGUUCAGAGAGUGGAUACACUACUCCCAAGAAGCGUCGGGCACAAAGGAAUGGCAAAACUGGGGACAAUGUGACCGCUUCUACCCAGGGAAAAGCCAUGCAGCAGGGCAGCAAACAAGGUCACGGUUCUGCGGCACCAGAGUCUGCCGACAGAGUCUCUCAGAUGGAGAGUGGCAAAGCUGGUUCAAAAGCAGAAGGACAUACAGCAUGCCACUUAAAAGCAAGGGAACCACCCGCGUCUCCCACCACACCCCCUCCGCCAGUGACCGAACUUCAACGUAAGAACUCUGACAGCAAAGCAACUGGGAAAAAGUUUGAGGAACGGUCCAGCAAAGUUAAGGUGGCCGCAUCCACCAAAGAGGACUCAUGGACCUUGUUCAAGCCUCCGCCUGUUUUUCCUGUGGAUAAUAGUAGCGCUAAGAUUGUGCCUAAGAUCAGUUAUGCAAGCAAAGUAAAAGAGAACCUCAACAAGACUGGCGGGGAGGCUCUCACUCCUGCUCCCCAGGUGCCUGGGAGACCACCACAGGUCCCCAUGUCUGCGGUGAAAACCAUCACCUCAGUUAGCUUUACCAACGGUCCCCUACCAGGGGAAGGGAAUGGCUGUCCCCUACCUGGACCCCAUUUCAGCUCAACGGCAAGCACCGGUCCUCUGCUGGUGUCCCCGGCUGUUCCCUCUGAGAAUGUAGCAUCUCCCCCUGGCGGAAGUACCGCCAUUGGAAGUUCAACCACCUCUUUGACUGAGCCGAGGAAGGCCAGUCUGUUUGUUUACCCCAAUAUGCAACACUCUCUCCCUAGUGGCCGCCAGGCCAACCCCCCUGCUGCUCCGACAAAUCAGAAGUCUCUGGGGGACAUUUUUCAGAAUCAAUGGGGCUUGUCCUUUAUCAACGAACCUAGUGUUGGUCCAGAGGGCGUGGCUUGUCGCUCAAAUAGAAAGGAUGGGCUGGUGGAGGUGAGCUUUCAGGGAGGCUGCCCAGCUACGGUGGCCACUCAGACCUGCAAUACCUCUCAGAGACAGGAUCAACCACCCUUCCCCAAGGCUCACGAGCCAGAAAAACGGACUAACGCUCAGAAUCUGAGUAAAGGCGUGAACGUCGGCGCCGCUGCGGCAAGCGGAUCCGUAUCCGAGACCUCUGUCCAUAACCUGGAAGCCCAGAAAGAUGAGACGGGGGUUCAUGGUGCAAUAGUGUUUUGUUCUUCCUCUAAGGACGUUUGUGCCGAGCUGCCUCCCACCUCCCCGGCUACACCUAAGGUGGCUUUGGCCAAGGACCAGGGCCAAACUAAGGGCUUUGACAGGAGGUCUAGUUGGGGGUCGUUUGAUCUAAAAGCUGCUGUAAUUUAUCACACUAAAGAAAUGGAAUAUAUUUUCAGUUUGCAAAAACAAGAUCCAAAUCGAAUAGUCCUCUACAGAGAGUCAUGGGAUGGACCUGCUCAGUGAAGCUGCGUCUGGACACUAUAUCCCAGCUGAACUCUGCUGCAAAAGAUGUGCUUGGGGAACAUGGCUGCACAUCUUAAAUGGGAACUAAUCUUAAGAUGUUUUAGAAAGGACCUUGUUACCAGAAAGCAGCCAAGGCUAGAGGAAACCGAAAGACGAUGCUUGAGAAAACGGGUUAGCUGAUUUUAGUGUAUUAGAAUGGAAGAAACGGAGAACUCGGUCUAGUGCAUAUGUUGCUGAAGACAAUUCAAACGACUUUGGGGACAUAAAACCCACACGUCAAACACUCAUGAUAACUCUGUCACGGCAUUUGUUUGGACAGAAGCUACUCCUUUAAGUACUCAUGGACCUAAAGAGAGCCGUCUUCAUCUCCAGCCUCCUGGGGAAGAGGAUGUUACCAUGCCACCUCUUGAAUUCAAAGAACGUAGACUUAAAGUGGUCUCGUGGGCAUACGUUGAUUUCAAAAUUUAAGACCACAAGUGUUGCUACCCAAUGAAACAUACUGUGGCCAGAGUAACAUGGCUUUUUUUGAGAUUCAGGGGAAUCCAGCUUCAUCUGUGUCUUGGGGGGCAGGUAGUUCAAGCCUCUGGGAAUAAUAAUUGUCUUAAUUUAAUUUCUUGUUAGUGAGGCAUCUCUUUGUUUUCUUCAUUUAUUUUCAUCGAAACUCCCGGGGCAAGUUUUGAGGUACACUUUAAACAGGAGACCGUACUCCCUGUCGUGUGCAUGUGCAGUAUGCUGCUCUGUGUGUCCUCUUAAAGUGCUAUCAUUCAAUAGUCUUAUUGUCGUCCGUUCACGCUUCUGUCGAUUGAUAGCCAUUCACGUUUCUUGCUCAUCGUGUGUGAGUGUGUAAACCGAGGGAAGAGGUCGCGCUAAUAAUGUUUUUAUUUUUUUGCGUUUUAAUAACAGGUAAAUCACAGAUGACUAAACGUUGAUUUGUGCCUCAUCUUACACGGUUGCUUUAGCUCCAGCGCUUAUAGGUACGUCAUGAUAUUUUAUCAGAAGUGUUAUAAAGCCAAUUCUUGCUUUUUUUGGGAUUAGUUCUCUAGACCUGCCUGUCUGUUUGGGGUUGUUUUUCCCGAAUUGACUAUUCCCGAAUAGUAACUACUGUUUUGUCAUGGAGGUGUGUCAUUUCGGAUUCAGAAAACCCAGAGAGCGCUUGCUGGUGAAAAAUCCGUCUUUUAUAUUUUACUGCAUAGACUAGAAGCCCCGGCGCCUAUGGUUAGCUUUUUAUUGAGCCCUGCAAGUCACACUAAAUGGAGUUUGGUUUUUAUGGUUUUUAGCUUAUUGUUUAAAGCACAUGAGCCUCAUCAGUAAAAUCGGCGUUGACAGAAUUUCUGCCUGUGUUUAUGUCGAAAAAUGCAUACUAAACUUGAGUCUAUCUGUAUCAUUUCACAAAGUAAUUGAUUUAUACAUAAAAUCAGUAGCACUUUAUGUAUUAUGUUUUUUUUUAUUGAAUGUCGACAUAUCAAUACCUGUUUGAAAUUCUAGCAAUUAAUCAUAGGCUACUAACUUUAACUUCUACCUAAGGACCGUCGGUCCACAAUCUCGAAUGAAAAUAAACAUGCAAAACGAAAAAAGAAAAAAAAAACGGAAAAGUAAGAAAAUAAAAAAGUCACUCAGGUAGAAUUAGGGCAGUGUUAUUCUAUCUAACAAAAAGCGCACCGACAGUGUUAUUGCCAAAAACGAUAAGAACAUCCCAUGUUUGUACCAGCCGUUUUUAACCUUUAAGGGAACUGAUUUAAGUUCUGACUGAAAGCCAAGCUUACAUGUAUUAUUAUUUGGCAUCAUUUGUUUCUGUACAUGACCACAAGAUACUGCCAGGUGAAAUGAUGCAAGUACGCAAUGAAACGUUAACCACACUACGUAUUUGUAUGUCAAGGGUUUUAUUUAGCGCAUCAGUUCAGGUUUCAGCCGCGUACAGGUUUGCUUCUGUUGAUAACCUGAAACGUGUCAUAGUUCUUAAUCAAGUUUCUUGAGAUGUUUUUGAUGUCUUUUCUGUAUGUUGGUUUGCUGCAAAAGCUAACCGAUAUGUUAGGUUGUUUUUUGAAGUUCUGCUUUAUCUUCUCGAAUUCCAUUUCCACUUAAAAUCAGCGUUGUGCGAUGUAGAGAAUUGCAUAUUUCAUGGCUUUUUAGAUGCACAUCACUUCAUGGCUUCAAUUGAGUUUUUAUUGUAGUCAAUAUUGUCUUUUAACAGCUCACCGAGCAUUCUUAGUUUGUUUUUUUAGGGAUUUGCUUAAGGAUGUAGGCAUAAUUUAUAACCCUCAUUACGUUAAGUUAAUUAUGAAAUACCUCUGUGAACAUCCAUUGUCCUGAUACCAUUAUUUUCCUCUGUAGUCAUGACCUUUAUUGUAAACCGAAUGAAUUACGCCAGGUCUUUGUUUUGAAACUAAACUCCAGGGGUCAGAUGCACAUACAGAGGUUCUAUGCAGAGAAGGCAAACGGAGCCAAGUUUAUGAUUUUGGGGGGUUGCACAUUAGCUUAAUUUACUCGAUUCAAAUAAGCACUUAUUACCCCACAAAUUCUGUAAUUGCAAUAUAAAUUAUUUACAUGAAAAAUUAUCUUCAGCUGCCCUUAUUUAGUGUUUAAAGCAAUGAAACACGUACAGGUGGGAGAUGGGUACAGAUGUACUUGAUGGGUUUGAUUGCAAAAUCUGUACCGAGAAAAUGAAUCUGUGUUGGCAUAUUCGAAUAUCACGUGUGAAUGAGUUUUCUUGUCCUGUCCCUACAACUCAACCGGUUCGGCGUGUGGAUGCAUUAUGUGUUUGUUGGUGUGCAAGCAUGUGUAUUUGUCUUCAUCCAUACGCUCGAUUAUAUGCAAAGUUAAUAUUGCAAACUGUUUAAGUUCAGGGUGCCUGUGUUAAGCGAUAUAUUCAAUGGAAUCACAUCAGAACAUGAAAAAAAACCUCGCUUUUUCUUUCUUCCUCCCCAGCAAUCUUCAGUUGUGCCAUGUUUUGACUGUUAAAAUUUUGAAUUAAUAUUACAUUUUUAUGUUGCGCUCUCUGAAUUUCCUAGUGGACACGAAGAGGGUGUUGCAUUUUUGUCUCAAAAAUCUUUGUCACUGCUAAUAAACUUGUUGAAAAAGG